AAUGCGUUGAAUAAACACAGCGGCGAAUCGAUCCGCUUCCUUCCAAAACGGAAAAUUUACCUUCUCGGCAGCGAUCUCGGCUUCACCUUCCCCUUCAAAUCCACUGCAAUGGAUUUCCCGCUGCCGAUGGACAAAGUCUCUGUUUCCACCGAGGAGGACGGCAAGGUAUCGGUAGUUCUAGUCGCCACCGGAAGCUUCAACCCUCCUACUUUCAUGCACUUGAGGAUGUUUGAGCUGGCAAGAGAUGCAUUGCAAAUGGAAGGCUACCGUGUGAUUGCUGGGUACAUGUCCCCCGUCAGCGAUGGAUACAAAAAACCGGGUCUUAUACCAGCUGAACAUCGCUUGCGCAUGUGUAAUUUAGCUUGUGAGAGCUCCGAUUUCGUCAUGGUUGAUCCAUGGGAGGCAAAUCAAAGUACCUACCAGCGAUCUUUGACUGUGUUGAAAAGAAUUGAAAGCGUCUUCAUUGAUCAACAUUGUGAUCGGGAAGAAUCCCUCAAGGUGAUGCUUGUUUGUGGUGCUGAUCUGCUGCAGUCAUUUAGCACUCCUGGGGUUUGGAUUCCUGAUCAGGUAAGGACCAUUUGCAGAGACUAUGGUAUUGCUUGCAUUCGUAGGGAAGAGCUCGACGUCAACCAAAUCAUAGCUGCUGAUGAAAUCAUGAAUCAACACAAGGAUAACAUCAAACCUGUUACUGAAACUGUACCAAACAUGAUCAGCUCCACAAGACUGAGGGACUGCAUAUCGAGAGGAUUGUCAAUCAAGUACUUAACCGCGGAUUCAGUUAUCAGCUACAUCAUAGAACAGCAUUUGUAUUUGGGAAACAGAUAAAGCUGCCAGACAGCAGAAUAUCUAGUGAACUUCAGAGUCCAACUAUGUAAUAUUGCUCAGUCCAGUUUCAAAGAAGAUCAUAGAUGAAAGCUUCCAAUGUUCAACUAAGAUCAUGAAUAAAGAUCAAACCCAGACAUCCCAUUCUGAGAAGUUCCUCCACCGUCCUCGCCGCUCCCACUGCCCGAACCCGACCCGAACGGAUCCCUGUAGUACCCAUUCAGCACGCCACCAUCAUACAUCCCCUGCUGCUGCUGCUGCUGCUGCUGCAGAUGAUCGCCCUGCAUCAGAAAAUUCCCCUGCAUAUAACCAACCAUCUGCUGCUGCUGCGGUGGCAGCGGCGGAGGCGGCAUCACCAUACCCCCAAAAUCAUUGGAGCUCCGCUUCAGCAUCAUCGGGUCCCGGUAAGACGCCCGAUCGCCCUCCGUCUCUCGGUACCUAGCGAGGAAGCGCGAAAGCGGCUCAACGUAGCUGUCGAAUCCGAGCUUCCCCAUUGCCCAGAUCACGUCGUCGGCGGUGACAGUCUUCCGCUGCUCGCGCUGGCACCGCUCGUUAGCCUCGCCGGUGACGAAGCUGAUGUACUCGGAGACGCACUCCUGGAUCGUCUCCUUGGCGUCGUCGGAGAUUUUGGCGUGGGCGGGCAGGAUCCGCCGCAUUAUCCGGAUCACGUUGGCGAUUGGCAUGUACUGGUCCUGCUCCCGGAGAGUGGGGAGGGAUCGGCGCUGCGGCGGUUCCUGGCCGACAGCGGCUGGGUUCGCCGCCGGGAGGCGGAUC